AUGAGGCUUAUCAAUGUCAAAACUCAUGAACUUGAAGAGUACUACAACGACCCUCCCAAAUAUGCGAUUCUGUCUCACACAUGGGGUGGUCGCGAGGUGACGUUCCAAGAUUGGCAAAUGAAUGGGGAGGAGAUGGAGAACACGGAGCGAUACGACAAAAUCCUACGGUCAUGCAAGCAAGCCCGGAUAGAUGGCUUCGGGCACCUCUGGUGUGACACAAAUUGCAUCGACAAGACAAGCUCCACAGAGCUAGCGGAAGCAAUCAACUCAAUGUUCUCCUGGUACAAGAACUCGGCAGUUUGUUACGCCUACCUUGCGGAUGUACCGCCCAUCGAUUCAAACGACGACGAUCCGUUGUGCAAUUUUCGCUCAUCUCGAUGGUUCACUAGAGGCUGGACCUUACAGGAGCUGCUUGCACCUACAGCCUUGUGCUUUUUCGCUCAAGAUUGGUCAAUGAUUGGGUCGAGAGAUGAGCUCGCCAGCGAAAUUUCCGUUGUGACUGGGAUCGAGGAGGUGUAUCUGGGCAGCGACCUAUCCGCUGCCAGCAUUGGAAAACGCAUGUCAUGGCUGUCCAAUCGACAGACUACGAGAGUGGAAGACCUGGCGUAUUGCAUGUUUGGAAUAUUCGACAUCAACAUGCCUCUUCUGUAUGGUGAGGGUGAAAAGGCCUUUAUCCGGCUGCAAGAAGAAAUCAUACGGGUAUCCAAUGACCAGACCAUCUUCUGCUGGACCUGGGAUGAUCAAUAUGUUCCAGCGGAUUGGGCUAGUAUUCUCUCUCCAUCGCCGAGGACAUUCAAAGAUGCUGGGAACUAUUCCCAAAACUCAUGGAGUAAUGAGUCUGCCCCAUACAUCAUGACCAACGCCGGCCUAUCGAUCAGUCUGCCAGUUCUCAAUCUGAUAAAGGAGAGAGCUGGGCCUAUUGAGGCAUUUGAAAAUCUCCUGGCUGUUUUAGACGUCAGGUCGAAUUCACCCAGUCAUCAAGUAGCGUUGCUCUUUCACAAGACAUCCGGCAAUGAUCGCUUCAGAAGAAGCCGUAUACUUCCGGGACCAGUGCCGAUAUUUUGGAAUCCUGGUCUGCUGAAGAGAAGCAUGUACAUCGCCGGGAGCAGAGACCGUUGGCCGCUCAAGCAUAUUGUACAUAAGUACCCGGAAUUCGGGGUUCUUCUGACAAUGGACUGCUGCGAGACUUUGCCUCAGUCUUUCACCGUUUCUUCGCCUAGACUCGAGUCUGGCAUUCUGAGUCUGGGCCUGUCUGGGGAGGCCGGAUAUUAUGGACGCUUUUUGACCAUUGAAACGUCCGAGGGGCUUAGUAGGAAAGACCAUACUGGGGAUAGAAUGGCCUGUAAGAUCUUUUUCGGGGUGCGAGUCCGAGAGGGGAGCACGGAAUGGUGCACGAAAAUCGUUGGUGCAAAAGUUGCCCAUGAUUCAAGUAACAGUGGCCGUAAAUCUGGCAACCCAAGGAGAACCAUCUAUGACGAGAAGACGUGGAAAUUUCAGUUUCCACCAGACCGGGACCCCAUGUCAGACUGGAUGAGAAUGCAGAAGUUUAAUCUCGUGGCCUCGGUCCAUCUUACAGCAUUGGGAGAAACGAAUGAGCAUGAUUGGAUGAAAGGGAAGGGAGAUGGCGUUCAAGGCCAGAAUAGACUUGUGAAGGCAGAGGAAGAAAACAAUUCUAGGCUUAGCACAAUCCUUAAGUCGUUCAGCUACAAGAAUGCCCAGUGGUGGGAAUGA